CAUAUAUCUGCACACAGAGAAGCAUAUCAUUACUUUGCUCUCUAUUAUAAGGCGUUGGCGCGACAUGAGAAUUCCACUCUUCAUCCAUUCAUUUCUUUUGUAUGCUUGGCUUGGUGUCUCAUUAUCCCGAUGGGCUGAUGAUGUCUUGAUGUACGAGGAUUUAGACUGCCAUUUGCUGGACGAUUCGCUCCCACCGGUGCAAUCUAAUUUCGUGGAGAUUCGAGCGUUUGUAUUGACGAAGCUGAUGGGAAUCAGUCUCGAUCAGUGUUUGUCACGUGAUGAAUUUUGGCUUGCUCAGUGUUUUGAAGAGCAUGCACUGCUUCUGUCCACCCAGUUCGGUUGCAGUGUUCAGAUUGUUUCAACUACUUCCUCAGGAAACAAUACUCUGGCAAUAGGGAAAAAUUGUUAGAGGUGCGGAAGAAUCUUGCCAAAUCGAGUCAUUUUCUUUGCACUUCUUUUAUCUUCGAAACUUAAAUUGUUCCGCUGUAAUUCCAGGAACGGUCCCUAUCGCAUGAAAUGAUGAUUCCCUCGAGAAACUAAAUGUCAAAUUUGGCUGGCCAAAAUAGUUUGACAAUUUCUGGCGGGUUUGAAAAGUUCAGACGGCUUCAAUAAUUCUUAUGACCAACUAUUUUGUGACAUUUUAUUUCCGUGUGCCGGGGACAUCACACAUCCCACGAACACAAUCUCUGCACAUAACCCAUUGUCGUUUGGUAUUAAGCUGCACCAUUUGAGGUUGUUUGUCUAAAAGCCAACUACAAGUCCUUGCUCAGCAAACCAAUGUGAAAAGAAACGCGUGCUUGGUUCAAGAUUCACGCACACGCAUGACUAAGCUGUUCUCUUUUAUCAUUAUAAUCAAACUGGUUGCGUUGCUGCGUUUGUUGAAGUUGGUUCAUUCGUUCUUUCGAAAACCACCAAAUAUUAAUCUGACCUAAUCAUUAAUCAUUAUCUCGUAAGUCCGAAAACAGUUCCACGGUUUCCUCGUCAGAAGCCAACAACCCUUGAAGCUGUCUACUCGAAACCAAUGGAUGGAUGGCAGGAUGUACUUCAACCCGGAAACACCCAAGGGGUUGGACGAGUGCACAUGCAACAUCGUGCGAUCGAUUUUUGGAAUGCCUUUGUGCUCUGCUUGUAAGCGCACAUGCAUGGCUCCGUCAACGAGCGCACGUCGAGUACAUUGACCGUCCAGUGCUGAUUUGAGGCAAGUGACUGUCCCGAAUUAGAAUGAGUGAUAGCCGAAUUGCCCGGACGAACUUCGUUAUACGUGGAAUAAGGAUCAUUUUCGAUGAAGGCAAUAAUCUAGUCGGCUACGCCCGUUACCGCACAUAUGAAUCGUUGGGAUAGGUAUACCUCCAUAAUUAGACGAAGUACUUUCCACCUUGUUAGAUCAAAACAGGCCGGGCUUCAGAACCGUCGAGUCAUUUCCUUGCUUAGUGUCUACAUGCGAAUUUCGCAUUUUCGGCGGUGCAUUGUUCAUGCGUAAGAAUGACCGCGCGGAAAUCGUGGCAUGUCUUGACAAAUUGGAUUAGAAUUUAAGCUGUCACUUAAGGUAAUAAACUACCUUUUUCGGGAGAGGACAAACAGGCGAAUUCUCUACACAGUUGGCAGCUGGGGAAGAUUUUGCAUUUUGUAUUUACACUUCAGGGUGUAACUUGUAUGAAGUUCAUGUCGUUGGGAGCGAACGCAGGAGAUAAUGUAACCCCAUGAUCGCCGCCAUGCCGAACAAGGAGAACCAGCCCAAGGAAGGCUGUCUGACCCGGGGUCUGCGCACCUCCUGGCCCCACUUCGUCCUGCUCUUGGUCUACCUGGCCUACCUGGGAAUCGGAGGGGGGAUCUUCCUGGCCCUCGAGGGGGGCAGCCCGUCGGACUUCUCCCGCGAGGUGGCCGAGUACGAGGCGCUGAAGGCCCAGAUCUCUGGAGCGGUCCGGAACGUCACAGAGGGCCGUGAGGUGACGGUAGGGAACUUAACGGAGCUCUGGGAGACGUACACGGCGUUGGUCAACACUCCCUACCUCGACAAACUGACCUACUUGAGCCGAGUGGAUUGGACGUUCACUGGGAGUGUGCUGUUCUGUGCGACAAGUAUCGCCACAAUUGGCUACGGCGAUGCUGUGCCUGUCACGACGUGGGGACGAGUUGUCAUCGUCAUCUACUCCCUCAUUGGGAUACCGCUCACCCUUACCUUCUUGGCUGACAUUGGCGGUAUUCUGGCCCGUAUGGUCGAGUUGAUUGCAAGGAAAUGCAGCACACGGCCUAAGGUAUCAUCGCAACCGAGGAAAAAAUCGCUCGUUCCAGACAAUAUUAAGACGGAUCAACUUCCUCGGCAGAACGGGCUGUCCAUCCCGUCAGCCGACUCCCUUCCCGCUGUCCACGAGCCAGCCGAAGACGAGGGGAACCUGACGGAUAUGCGGCUGUCCCUGGGCGUCUUCAUGGACUCGGCCGACCCCGUCAGGAGCAGUCAGCCCAACUCCAGGCGGAACUCCUUGGACGUGGAGACGGCGCAGCAGGCAGUAACGGAGUGGGCCAGCACCGCCACGCCACACGGCAUCGGCACCUUUGCGGGGAGUACGAAUCUAGGAUUUGCCCCGGACGACGGUCCCCACGAGGAGGAGAGGAAAACUCCGAACGGUCCAGGGGCAAGCACGGACAACACCGCCCAGGAAACAGCGGAUGAUACGGAUUACGCGGACUCGAUGCAGCGUCAAGUCCCCGUACUCCUGGUAGUUGCGAUCUUGCUCAUCUACACGUUCUUAGGUGCUCUCAUGAUCGCCUAUGUUGAGGAGUGGUAUUACGGGGAGGCGCUAUACUUCACCUUCGUCACCUUGACCACCAUUGGUUUCGGUGACUUCGUGCCCGUCAAACACUACAUGGAUAUCCCGUCCUUCAUCGGGUGUCUGGUAUACACCAUCGUAGGACUGUCUGUAAUGUCCAUGUGCAUUGCUCUGGUGCAGGCCAAAGUUGUUAGCGUGAUGUCCAAAGUAGCCGGUAAAAUUGGUUUUUGAAACUAGAUACCGGAAAAGUAGUGUUUCUGAACUCCCCAAGUCACCAAUCUUUCACCUUUCACACUAUGCACUAAGUGCACUGGACGAGUCGUCACAAACUCAGCUUCAGGGCUGAACUUCACGCACGUUUUUUCUCGCCUUGUCGACUUUGGAGCUACAGCUAGCUAUCCAUUUCGUGUCGGUUUGUGUGGUCCCCAGACUCACUGUGAGCUCUUAGAACCGGUGUGUGCACCCAAGGUGGACAGACUUGCUCUACCAAGUAUCAGGCAACCCCAAUCGCCUGUCUGAGCAGUAACUGGGACUAAAAUAAAGCCAGUGUUAAUUGUCACACCGUUGGUGCAUGUCGAUUAUCCACUGGUGGCUCUCUGGUCAAAGAUGGCAAAGUAUUUUCGAUAGUGCCUCAAAGUUUUAAAUAUUUAGUCCAUUUAAAAUAUUUCGCAUCCAUUGACAAUCACCAUGUCGAUGUGCACUUAAUUAUAUAUUUAGACCUUAGCCAGUACAGCAGAAAUCAAAGAAAUGUUUUUAUCACAUUCUAUUUUAUAAUUUUUGUAAUAUACUCUUUCUUACAGCGUUUUUUUAAAAUUAAAUUCUGCCGAGCUUAAGAACGCUAUGUUUUGUAAUGUAGCAACGAGUUUGGCACGAUUAUUCCUUUAGUGUUGAUUUAAUAAAUUAUAUGAGAUCGACUUCUUUAUUGAUAAACUAUCACUUAAAAAUCACAAACCUCGUAACAGCAAAUUUGUGCUGUAACGAAUGUACAACUGUGCGCUUUCAGACAAUACAUUGAUGUUCUUUUUAUCGCACCAAAGAUAAAUUUCGUCGCUUUUGUUGUUUUCACACUCAAAUGUGGCAGGGUGAUAUUCCGACGUGGUGUGUUGUUCCGAUUUGUGUGCCAUUUAUAUGUUAUAUUUAUUUUGUUAUUCCCUGGCAGUGUUGAACAGACUUGCCAAUUUUCGGCGAGUUCUUUUUGUACGGUGGUUGCCAAACCGAAAAAAAGUACAUGCAUGUCGCUUUUGGUACUCAGAAAAGUGGUGAGUUGAGGGUGAAGUUGAGUUAAUUAUUAAAUGUGAAUAAAUUAUGAGGUCCAUGCGUAACCUAGUAAAAGUUCCAACUAAGUUAAAGGUUUGGAGUAGGUGAGAGGUCAAAUAUCAUAUGGAUGUCUGAUAAAAACUUUCCUGUUCACGUUGAAUUUUGUAAUAAAUAGCUUGUGAUUUUAAGUCUGUGCCGUCAAGAUAUAACAGAGAUUUAUCAUAUUCAUGAGCGGUUAAGAAGCUUCUGUAAGGAUUUGCUGGAUAUGGGGAAUUUUUAGUAUUUGAACUAAAAUUGUCAUUUAUUGCAGUACAUUUUUAAA